UUUUGCGCACAGCUUUAGUUCAUGUUCUGGAACUUGUCUGGCUUUACGGGACGGCUUCAGUCACUCGAAAAGAUUUAUGAACAUUCCGUUAUGUUCGUGUAAAUAAGCUAUACUGUAUGUAACGCUUGUGUAGCAUGCAGUUUUUCCAUAUGCUCGCAAGAACCGUAUUAGGCUGCAGUGAACGGAAUGCAUAAUUACGCGUAAUUUGGUUUUGAAGAAGUAUUUUCUCUUGCAUCAGAGAAGACAUGAGUUGCUUGCUAAAAUGGGCAGCUUUCCUCUGGAUCGUACAUACCAUUCCUUGCACUGUUGGAAUGGCAGUGAACGAAAGAAUAGACAACUCUAGAUGUCCUCCAUUGAAAGUAGACAAGGACCGGUUUUCCUACAGUUUAACUGGUCCACAGCCAGAAUUCAUCGGUUUUGAUCUGACAGAAAAGUUUCUCCUGAGAAAGGGGGCAGUGACAGAGGAGCGGCCAUCAUUCCGGCUGGGGAGCAGCCCCCUCAUCAAGCCAACAGAAUUGGUGUUCCCCAACGGUCUGUCCAGUGAAUACUCUCUAGUUACCACCUUCCGGCUGAGGAAAACCACAAAGAAAGACCGCUGGUAUCUGUGGCAGAUAUUCGACCAGACGGGAGGUACACAGGUGUCUGUAGUGUUGGACGGUGCUAAACGAGCAGUGGAGUUCUCAGCCCGGGGCCUUCUGAAGAACGGCCUCCACUACACCUUUAAGAGCCGAGACCUGCACACCCUGUUUGACCGCCAGUGGCACAAGCUGGGUGUGGCGGUCCAGAGCAGCAUCGUCUCCGUUUACAUGGACUGUAAACUAAUAGAGAGGAGGCUGACAGACGAGAAGGAUGAAAUCGACCCCAGCGGAUAUACACUGAUUACAACCCGGGUGGAGGAUGGACGGCCUGUAGAUAUCGAACUGCAACAAAUACUGAUCUACUGUGACCCAUACCUGGCUGAGAUGGAGAACUGCUGUGAGCAGGCAGGAUCUACGUGUGAGCCUAGCAGGGAGGACCCUGGUGCUGGAGGGGUGACUCCCAAUCCCUUGGAUACAGCUGGAGCAGGCCUGCUCCCCCAGAUGCUCUCCCAACCCGUCCAGCCAGCCCAGGUCCAGCGGUUCCAGCAUUCCAGCAGUGACAGAUGUCAAUGUUCAGCAGAGAAGGGUGAUCAAGGUCUACCAGGCUUGGCAGGACUUCCAGGACAGAAAGGAGAUCAAGGAGACAAGGGAGAGACCGGGAAAGACGGGUUCCCUGGAAACUCUAGCCAGAAGGGUGACCAGGGUGUUUCUGGCUCACCAGGUCUGGAUGGUAUUCCUGGACAGAAGGGGGAGGCAGGAUCAAACGGGUCUAAGGGGAUCGAUGGAGCAAUGGGUGAAAAGGGAUCAGCUGGGGAGCCUGGUGCGGAAGGGAAACCUGGAAUAAAUGGCUUGAAAGGAGACUCAGGUCCUAUUGGCCCCAAAGGUGAUCAAGGCGAUACGGGUCUUCAAGGUCUGCCUGGACUAAGUGUGGAGAAAGAGGGACUCAAGGGAGAUCAGGGUCCACCUGGCUUAACUGGAGAUACGGGAUCCCCUGGGUUGCCAGGUCAGACGGGGGCUCUGGGCAAAGAGGGCAAAAGGGGUCGUCGAGGGAAGACAGGGGAACCUGGACCCAGAGGCCUACCUGGGGUGAAGGGUGACUCUGGCGUCCCAGGAGACAAAGGAGCUCAAGGAGAUCCGGGUCAGCCAGGUGGAGACGGAGCCUCUGGGAUGAAAGGACAAAAGGGGGAAGAAGGCCUAAGAGGACCACCGGGACCGGUGAUGACAGCUCAUGGACUGAGACAUCUGACUGGCUCUGAGGCUGAAUUAGGAGAGAAGGGCCAGAAAGGAGAAAUGGGUGAUCCAGGACAAAUAGGACUCCAAGGACCACAUGGUUUCAAGGGAAGUCUAGGACUACCAGGUCCAAAGGGAGAGCCCGGCCCAGAGGGUAAAGAAGGUCCUCCUGGACUCAUCGGACUCCCAGGGAUUCCAGGAGACACGGGUUCGUCGGGGGACCAGGGAAUACCUGGAAGAGACGGUCUUAAAGGAAACAAGGGGGACUCUGGAGGUGUGAUGGGACCCCAGGGCCUGCCUGGACCCAAGGGAGAGCCUGGAGAGCCAGUAGCUGAACAUCUGGAAGAGGGGAUGACAUCUGGACCCAGAGGAUCACGAGGGCCAAAGGGUGAGCGUGGCGUCCCUGGUGAACCAGGAGACCUAGGGGAGAAAGGAGAGCCUGGUCUGGGAGUUGAAGGACCUCCUGGCCCCAUGGGACAGAGAGGAGAGAGAGGAUUUGAGGGCCCUCGUGGACCCUCCGGAUUCUCAGGUCCUGCUGGGACCCCGGGGAGAGAGGGAUCCCCUGGUCGAGAAGGUCCCCCUGGUCCACCUGGCCCCCCGGGUCAACCAACUGCCUUGCCAAUAGUUGGAGAUAUGAGCUCUUUACUCAAGAAUGCCUGCACUGUGUGCCAGACCAGAGUGCCAGGUCUGCCUGGGCAGAAGGGCGAGAAGGGAACCCAUGGAGCGACAGGAGUGCAAGGCAUGGUGGGAGAAAAGGGGGAUCCAGGAGUGCGAGGACCUCUCGGUAAUCCAGGAAAAGAAGGUCCAAAGGGGAUGAAAGGAGAGAGAGGAUUCCCUGGACCUAGUGGAGACAAAGGAGAUGAGGGCUCUCCUGGAGUUCCAGGCAUUCUGGGUGCAACAGGCCGUACUGGAGCCCCUGGUGUCAUUGGCAGACCUGGGCCAAUGGGUCAGCCGGGAACAAAGGGAGAGCGGGGCAGUGAAGGCUCCCCUGGAAGGCCAGGACUACCAGGCCCCCCAGGUGUCCCCUAUGUGGAGGGCAAUGGGAUGAGCAGUCUGUAUAAACUGCAGAGUGGAGGAGCCAUCUCAGGACCCCCUGGAGCACCAGGUGCACCAGGCCCCAAAGGAGACGAGGGAAGAGUGGGAGAUCCUGGAUCCAUGGGUUUACCUGGACUAGAAGGACUACCUGGAGCCAAGGGUGAUCUGGGGAUGCCUGGAACCCCUGGACUACCUGGGCCUUCAGGGAAACCUGGAGCUCGCGGUGAUACGGGGAUCCCUGGGGAACCGGGUGAGAGGGGCCCGCUGGGGGAGACAGGAUUCCCAGGUCCUGAGGGACCCCAAGGUGCUCCUGGGAGGCCGGGGAAAGAUGGACUUCCUGGGUACGAGGGAGCCACAGGUAGACCAGGAGACAGAGGAUCCAAGGGAGAACGGGGGGACCCAGGGAUACCUGGAGCGAGGGGAGUCCAAGGGGAGAGGGGAAGGACAGGAGACCCAGGAAUAGUGGGACCUAUCGGGCCCCAAGGCCACCGAGGAGACCCUGGUCCACCAGGUCCCAUUGCAUCACCAAGCCCUCUGAAUGAUGCCAAUUCCAUGGAGGAAAUUAAAAUGUUUAUCCGGAAUGAAGUAUUGCGGUUGUUUGAAGAGAGACUAUCAAGCCAUGUCAUGCAGAAGACGCCGGCGGCCAUUUUAGCGGCGCAGGUUCGACAGGGUUCUCCCGGUCCCCCUGGCAACGACGGAUCCCCAGGGCCUCCAGGGGAAGAAGGCCCACCCGGCCCUCAAGGGUACAGAGGUCAGAAAGGAGAGAGGGGUCAGCUAGGUCUGGGGAUACCAGGAGCUCCAGGUCUGGCAGGUCCACCAGGUGAACCUGGAAGCAGUAUCCAGGGGCCACCGGGCCCUUCAGGUCCCCAGGGACCUCAUGGUAAAUGUGAUCCCAGUGACUGUCUCCAUCCAUCCUCUCACUCCAGACGGAACGGCUAGGGGCCCCCCUCAACUGAUAGGGGACCCUUCAACGAAUAAGGGCCCUCUCAAUAGCUAGGACCCAGGGGCCCCUCCACCCAUCCAGCCUCCAUCUCUCUACAGCAGUCAACCAUAGGCACAGGAGCCGGGUGUGUGGAGCCUGAUCACUCAGACAGCUCAUAUCAGACAGACAGUAUCGUCCUUGUGGUCAGUUUUACAUUGAAAACACUCAUCCUCUGUUAUUGCUUUACAUGGGAAAGACUCACAACCAGAAAUAGAUACAAUAACAAUGGUGUAGGAUGAAAUUGCCCAUAGAUGCUGAUCUUGGGUCAGUUUUGCAUUUUCCCCACUAAUUGUUAAGAUUAGCAUUGGGGGAGGGGAAGCUGUUCCUAGAUCUGUAUCAAGUGGAAACUUCACCCUGGAGCGCUCGGCUUUCGGUUUUCUUAUGACCAUAGAAGCAUUGAAAUGCAAUUAUUUGUUACUUUACAUUGAUGGUUAUUCUAUUCAUUUUAAAUGUGUUACAGUCCAUUAUUAUUGUCAUUAUAGCUAUGAUGAUCAUAUGAAGUACUGUUUAAUUUAUUUAAUGUUUUCACACAACUCCCCUGCUGUGACCUGAUGCAUUCCAUAUUAAUUCACAUUAAGUCUUUCGAGGCCGUAAAUUCAUUUGUUUCUUUAAAUAAUACUGUCAGGAGAAAACAUUUUCUCAAUGAUUUGACAAUGCUUGUUUAUGGGGAUAGCUAUGCACACGUUUGGUCUCAUUUGAUAUUUUCGUUGUGUGUGUGUGAGCUGGUAAACAGGCAGUCUGAAAUGUGAGUGUUUGUGUAUGACUAAUCAAUAUUCUUAGUGUGAACUGUUUAUGCAUACCAAAGUGAAGGAGGUUCAUAUAACAUGAAUAUAUUUCUGAAUAUAUAUUUCAUAUAUUAAUAUAUAUUUCAUCAAUGAAAGGUGAUAUUUGUGAAACGUAUUAGAUUGAAGCUAGCUACAUGAUUUGAUCCAGUUACAUAACAUAAUGAAUAUCUUGUAGUGUAAUUCAUUACUAGAGCUUUGCUCAUGAAUUUUAUAAAGUUUUGAGAAUGCUAAAUAUUCUGUGUUUCAAAACCUACCAGUCAGAUAUAUUGCAUGAUACUGUUGUAAUUGUAAAGGGAUGGUCUUGUAUCAAAACAGAAUACUGGGUUCCUCUCUCGUCACACCCUACACUCUAGGUACUUUAUGUCAGGCGUUACUCACUGAGAUCUUUCCACAUACUAUACACCUCAACAUGUAGUGUUCAUAACAGACUAAUUGAGUAGCCUGCUAGAUUGGGUUCUGAGUUCUGAUAUUAUUCAACAGGUAACAUUGCCUGACUGUUGCCAUAUCUCAAGACAACCAGCACAACAUGAUCAAGGGUAAAACACUAGCUUAAUGCCAACUGAAUGUAGUUUGUGAAGGCUUGGUCAAGUUGACAUUUCUUCCAUGUACAGUUUAUGUGUAAGUGUGUAUAUUAUGCUAAUGUCGUAUCACCUCACGUUCACAUGAAGUUAGCCGCGAAGACUUCAAUGUAGAUAUCUUGCAGUCAUACAUAUGGCUAACAUGAAGUAGGACAGUUUCCCUAUAUCCAUGGUCUUGUCUCCAAAGAGGGCAGACAAAUACAUGUCAAAUACUACAGCGAUUGAUUGAAAUUGCCCAGUACAAUGAAACCAAUAGAAUAUGGUAGGAUUGGAGAUGUUGUUACAUCGCUGCUCUUUUGGCAACAUGGUCUCAUUAGAAUAUGUCAAAAAAUUGUGCCAUUUAACCACGUUCUGGGGACGUAUUACUAAUUUGUCACUAAGUUAGAUGUCACUUAUGAUGACAUAUUAGCUACUUAUAUGUCACUAAGUUAGACAUCACUUAUAAUGACAUAUUAGCUACUUAUAUGUCACUAUAAUGUCUGCUUAUGGGGUCAGAUUCAUGAUGUGAGUCAGCUUUUAUUGUUUACAUGGAGUGUAUACAGCUGAUUCCUCCAUCAGAGCUGUGUGUACAUCAGUCUACAUGGGAGUAUACAGCUGAUUCGUCCAUCAGAACUGUGUGUACAUCAGUCUACAUGGAGAGUAUACAGCUGAUUCCUCCAUCAGAACUGUGUGUACAUCAGUCUACAUGGGAGUAUACUGCUGAUUCCUCCAUCAGAACUGUGUGUACAUCAGUCUACAUGGGAGUAUACAGCUGAUUCCUCCAUCAGAACUGUGUGUACAUCAGUCUACAUGGAGAGUAUACAGCUGAUUCCUCCAUCAGAACUGUGUGUACAUCAGUCUACAUGGAGAGUAUACAGCUGAUUCCUCCAUCAGAACUGUGUGUACAUCAGUCUACAUGGGAGUAUACAGCUGAUUCCUCCAUCAGAACUGUGUGUACAUCAGUCUACAUGGAGAGUAUACAGCUGAUUCCUCCAUCAGAACUGUGUGUACAUCAGUCUACAUGGAGAGUAUACAGCUGAUUCCUCCAUCAGAACUGUGUGUACAUCAGUCUACAUGGAGAGUAUACAGCUGAUUCCUCCAUCAGAACUGUGUGUACAUCAGUCUACAUGGGAGUAUACAGCUGAUUCCUCCAUCAGAACUGUGUGUACAUCAGUCUACAUGGGAGUAUACAGCUGAUUCCUCCAUCAGAACUGUGUGUGCAUCAGUCUUCAUGGAGAGUAUACAGCUGAUUCCUCCAUCAGAACUGUGUGUACAUCAGUCUACAUGGGUGCUAUUUGUGUAUUUAGAUUUUGAAGCCAUAAGAGGUGAUCUUUCUUAUCUAAUAACAACACUGCAAUAUUUUACUUCUGAGUUUUCUUUCUUUGUUUUCUUGGUGGGUCUUUACUUGAACUCUUAUUUUCUGAAAGUGUUUUUAUUUUUACCAUAUCUGUACAUUACUGCUCAGAUACGUAUUUCUCCCUCAACUCUUCGACCAUGUAGCAUUGUUUGUCACUGUAUACAUAUAUAUUAUGUUGCUGUGUCUUAGACUGGAGGUUUUUAUAUUUUAUUUGUUGUGUGUCUGAUUGGAAAGUAAUAAGCUAAGAAUCAAGGACAUUAAUUAAAUAUCUAUGUGUUCUUUCUUCACAGAUGUUAUCAGAGUGCUCUCUCUGUCACUCAGGCCUCAAUUCAAUCAAACAUGCACUUAGGUGUUUCAUUUUGCCCCAGUGACCUAAAACCAUACCUUUUUGUGAAAAGUCACGGUAAAAACAGCCGGUAGACUGUCGUCAUAGAGAUCGAUAAGAUGUGUGUUUCCAGACACAUUAAGUAGUUAAACAAAGGUACUAUUCAAUAACUCUAUUAUUGUCGUCUCCUAAACCCAACCCUAGGCAGUACUGGAUACAAUGCGUCUGGGAGACUAAUACUAAUGUAGGUUUGAUUGGAUAUGGACCCUCAAAGGCAAUGAUUUAAGUUGGAGAAAGUACGUGGGUGGAGAUGACACUUGAGAUGACACAUCACACACGUGAUGUUUAAAAUGUCUCUUUUGCCUUCUUUUAUCGGUCUAAGGCACUGCAUCACAGUGCUUGAGGCGUCACUACAGACCCGGGUUUGAUCCCAGGCUGUGUCACAGCCGACCGUGACCGGGAGACCCGUGAGGCGACGCACAAUUUGGCCCAGCGUUUUCUCUGACACAUUGGUGCGGCUGGAUUCCGGGUUAAGCGAGCAGUGUGUCAAGAAGCAGUGCAGCUUGGCCGGGUCGUGUUUCGGAGGACGCAUGGCUCUAGACCUUCGCCUCUCCCGAGUCCAUACCAGAUUUGCAGUGAAGUGAUGGGACAAGCCUGUAACUACCAAUUGGAUAUGACGAAAUUGGGGUUAAAAAGGGUCAAAAAUUCAAAACAAUGUCACACUACUGCGCUCCAAUUUCUUUGAGUUGGAGAUUUUCUCUUAGUAUUUCAGAGCAUCAAAUUGAUUGAGGUUCUUUGAAGAUGGCUUGGUGACAGUGGAGGCUGCUGAGGGGAAAACGGCUCAUAAUAAUGGCUGGAACGGAACAUAUGUAAUGGCAUCAAACACAUGGAAACCAUGGAAACCAUGUGUUUAAUGUAUUUGAUACCAUUCCGCUCCAGCCAUUACUAUGAGACCGUCCUCCCCAAUUAAGUUGCCACCAACCUCCUGUGCUUGGUUAUAUGUAUGGCUCAGGUCAUUUUAUGUCAAUGAGGUAACUGCAUAUUCAACCCUUUGACUUUUACAGAAGACAUUAGCUAAUUGGUUAACAACAUUGAGGCAUUUCUUUAUUUCCAUGUCACACUGUUACUGCUUGCUCGUUUUGUUGGCAUCUCAACGUGAACAUUUUAUGUGGCUAAAUGAUACUACCGGAAGUAAGACACAAAGGCUGCGUUUACUCAGGAAGCCCAAUUCUGAUUCUUUUGCCCAAUUAUUGGCAAAAGAUCUGAUUGGUCAAAAGACCAAUAUUACAGCAAAAGAUCAGAAUUGUCUGCCUGUGUAAACACAGCCAUAGGCAGAAUGUCACAGAAUAUGGUGAGUUGCUUCUCGUGUCCUUACUUCAUUUGUGAGUGGACAGGGCCCUCUAGUGUUCAUUUGAAGAUUGUUUGCUAUAUUGAUUAACAUUUUAUUUAAAAUAAUGAAUCAUCUGAUGUGUUGUAUUAACUUGUGCUAAUUUCCACAUUCCAACACCCGUCCUUAGAUGAAUGAUGAUGGCUUGACGUGGUUAGUUUGUUAGCCUUGAAACCAAGCUGAGAUGUACCCUUUCACCAUUUUGGAUUCAAGGCUAGUAGUAUGUUUUGCUGUGUGUGUUUUCAGAGCAAACUCUCUUGAAGGGGAUCGCUUAAAGAUCCAAUGCAGCUGUUUUUAUCUAAAUAUCAAAUCAUUUUUGGGUAACAAUUAAGUACCUUACUGGGAUUGUUUUCAAUUAAAAUGGUCAAAAAGAAACAAAAUAGCUUUUUAGCAAAGAGACAUUUCUCAAGGAAUAAUUUUGCUAGGACUGUCUGGGAGUGGUGAUGUCAUCGUGCAGGCCAAAACUCCAUCCCAUCUUUUCAAACAGCUCUUACACUAAAAGUACAAUUUCACAGUAUUAUUCCAACCUCACAGUUUGAAUAUAUAUAUAUAUAUAUAUAUAUAUUCAAACUGUGAGGUUGGAAUAAUACACAGGUAAAUCAGGUUUUUGACUGCAGUGGGCCUUUAAGUCAUGGUCAUGAAUGUUUUUCCUCUUGUUAUGUUGAGUUGCAGAAGCAUGUUGUAGUAGAUGUUGUCAUUUUAAAAAGAAAUCAGCUUCAAUGUUUACCCAUUGAAGUAAAUAGGUCAAGACAGUCAUGAAUGUUGUUUUUCCUCUUGUAACAUCCAAGAUGACUGCCUUCGUAUUAAAGCUGAAGUAUCAGUACAUUGUUGUACACUUUAAAAGCAGCUUCCAUUCUCAAUACAAGUCCAUUUAUACUCUGAAAGGUUACCAUGAGUUCUAGGUUCACCUGAUUGUUUGCUUCACUAUGGGUUCACCUCUAGGUUCACCUGAUUGUCUGCUUCACUAUGGGUUCACCUCUAGGUUCACCUGAUUGUCUGCUUCACUAUCGGUUCACCUCUAGGUUCACCUGAUUGUCUGCUUCACUAGGGGUUCACCUGAUUGUCUGCUUCACUAUGGGUUCACCUCUAGGUUCACCUGAUUGUCUGCUUCACUAUGGGUUCACCUCUAGGUUCACCUGAUUGUCUGCUCCACUAUGGGUUCACCUCUAGGUUCACCUGAUUGUCUGCUCCACUAUGGGUUCACCUCUAGGUUCACCUGAUUGUCUGCUUCACUAGGGGUUCACCUCUAGGUUCACCUGAUUGUCUGCUUCACUAUGGGUUCACCUCUAGGUUCACCUGAUUGUCUGCUUCACUAGGGGUUCACCUCUAGGUUCACCUGAUUGUCUGCUUCACUAGGGGUUCACCUCUAGGUUCACCUGAUUGUCUGCUUCACUAUGGGUUCACCUCUAGGUUCACCUGAUUGUCUGCUUCACUAUGGGUUCACCUCUAGGUUCACCUGAUUGUCUGCUUCACUAUGGGUUCACCUCUAGGUUCACCUGAUUGUCUGCUUCACUAUGGGUUCACCUCUAGGUUCACCUGAUUGUCUGCUUCACUAGGGGUUCACCUCUAGGUUCACCUGAUUGUCUGCUUCACUAGGGGUUCACCUAAUUUAUUCUGUUUUCUCUGCUAUUUGUCCAUGGCAUUCCCUGAAUGAUAAUGAACAAUCUGUCCAUACCAUAGUAGUAAAGCAAGGGGCCCUAGUUACCAUGGCUGCUGCUGUGUAGCAGGGCUUAUGAAAGGGAUAGAAACAGAACAGCUCUACUAGCACUACCUACAGUACCUAGGUUGGGGUCAAUCCCAUGACAAUGCUCUCAUUUCAGGAAGUAAACUGAAAUGGAUUUCAAUGACAAGAAAUGUUAUUUGUUUACUUCCUGAACUGGGUGAAUUUAAAUGGGAUUAGCCCCAACCCUGCUACCUAACCUUGUUGCCUUCGGGAAAACACCUCUACGGUGUCCAUAUUAGGACAGUCUCAGUCUCAUCAGGAGGUGUGUCUGUCCUAAUAUGGACACCAUACAAACACUUCAAAAGCUUCAUACAGAGAAGUUUGUUCAACUCAACAACCGAUUCAUUUUCACUGUUCUAUUAUCUCCAUGGUCUUCUGAACUUGUCAGUCAACACUUUGUGGAGAAUAAGACCUCUCCAUGUAUUUAGUAUUUUCUUUUAACAGCGUGUUUUAUCUCAUUAUCUUGGUAAUUUAUGUACUUUGUUAUUUGUGUUUGAGUGUGAUAAUUGUUAUUUUAAUUUGAUGGUCUACCUCAUCUGAGGCUAUACGGCUAUACCGUACACAUACUAGUUUAGUCAACGUGAUGUUACACUAGCCGUACCACUAUCCUACUACACUGCUACUUUAAAGCUAACGGUUUAAAUUUACCUCAAGACUGAAAUGCAAAACGUAAUGGAUAGAAAAUGGUGUUCACUAUAGGCCUAUUGAAUUGGUGCCAAGCUAGUCAUCUUUUGUUGAUCAUUUUUGAAAGCCUAUACUUAGAAGUUGUGAACCACUGUUUGACCAUAUAGUAGAGGUUGUACAGCAAUUUUAAUAUGUGUGAAGUGUAAUAUUUUUCCAACAAUUCUUUUGACUUUACAGCAUUCUGCGAAAAGCCUGUUGAUUUUACACUCUGAUUACCGAUACCUGCCUUAAAUCUGUACGACAAUAAUUUCUUACAUUUCAUGAGUUUUAUUUGCUUAUAAUGACCUACUCAGAUUACACAUUGGUGUGUCACUAUCAAAAUGUGAAUAAAAUAUGAUAUCUUGCUGA